GGAAACGACAGCGCUCUUCCUCAUCCCAUGUGAGCCGCUCUCGGAAUCAACGCAUCCUCCUCGCCCAUCCGAGCCGUCAGCCGAGCUCCCAAGGGCAGCGCCGGGCCGUGAUGCUCUGGCCCGCCCUCAUGGUUUCCUUUAUGGUUGGUGGCUUCUUCUGCAGCAAAGCUGAGACCUUUUGGCCUUGAUGCUCCAACACGAAGCUAAUGUCCUAUCCACGGAGUGUUUGGAGCCAUGGAGGGAUGUCGAAGCAGUGUCAGAUGUUUCUCAAACCGUGAUUUUGGUGGCAAAGAGUUCUACUAUUUCUUUUGGUGGAAGAAGCGAGGAAGUAGCAGGGACGUAGAGGAGAACUACAGCAGCCCUGUGAAGGAGCUCCCGGAUCUCUUCUGCUGGAAGAAGCCAACUUCUUUGAGCCCCACUGCGCUCAAACCUCAAGAAAUCUGCAUCUCGGUGAACGGAGCAACUCAUUCCGAGGAAGAGCAGCCCCACCUCCGCUCCAUCUCUGGUAAUGAUCUGGUCCUGAAGCCACUCGGAGGAGAGGACACGGUGGAUGCAGAGCUCAUGUGCCUCGCCGGUCCUCCCAGGUCGCUCUUCACCAUCGAAGAGGAGACGCAGGAAGAGCUGGAGUCCGAGGAUGCGAUCGCCAGAGGUGGGAGGAGCAGGCGGGGUUGCACAGGGAAGAGCCUGCGGGAUCUGCUUCUCAUAUCAGAGACUCCGACCUUGACCCCUCUGUCCUCCCCUCCCCUCUUCUCUCCUCCUCUGACUCCAAUGGCUUGCUACAAGCAAAAUGGAUUCAACCCGCUGUUCGAACCCACAAAGGACGAAGCUUUGGCCUGGAUGUGGUCGUCUCCGCCUCCGACGCUCAAGUUCCUCAAGGACGCCGAGGAGAAGCUGUACCGGAAGACGCUGGUGGAAGAAGCACUGAAGGUUCACAAAGGCCGUAGCGGGCAUGUCGAAAGCAAGGAGACGAAGGAAGCUUCCGUUGCUCCUCUUCUUCCUCCAGUUGCUGCCAUUUCUCCGCAGGUGAUUCCCUUAGCCAAUGGGAAACCGCAACGAGAUCUCAUCAUUUCCAACGAGUUCCCCAUUGAAUUCUCAUCGAAUGCAUGAGAUGUGUCUGUAAAUUUCGUGACCAUGGAUAUAAUUCAAACAUCUACAUGUUUCUGUGCUUGCAAUGGAAAUGGAAAUGGAAAUGUUUGGUCA